UCGGACCUCCAAGAUCAUGCCACGUGGACCAUUGCUGAUAAACGGAUGCAAACCUAUUUAUAUUCCACUCUUUAUUCUCCUUUCUGUUCCGCCACUUCUAUCUCAUCUCUUUCUGCCGCUUCUUUCCCGAUUUCGAGAUAUGGCAAGCUCCAGCACCAGUCAUGUUUAUGUACACGUCAUCGAGGACGUCAUCAGCAAGGUUCGCGAAGAGUUUGUCAGCAAUGGAGGUCCUGGUGAUAGCGUACUCAACGAACUCCAAGGCUUAUGGGAACUGAAGAUGAUGCAAGCGGGGGCAGUAUUGGGUUCGGUAGACAGGUCCUCCAUGCAAAAGGCAGCGUCAGGGGGUCCAAUUACUCCAAAUCCGGUGCACGACUUGAAUGUACCCUAUGAAGGCACUGAGGAGUACGAAACUCCCACGGCAGAUUUACUGUUCCCCCCGACGCCAUUGCAGACUCCGGUGCCAGGGAUGGCACGGACACCAUUGCCGGGAACAGCUCAGACACCUCUCCCUGGAACGGCUGACAACAACUCAUAUUAUAACAUUCACACUGGAGGCACUCCGAUAACCCCUAACGAGUAUUCAUCUGCAAAUGAUAAUGGUGGGGUUCCUGAAAUGAGAGGUGGAGCGGGAAGACCUAGCCCUUAUAUGCAACCACCAUCAGCUUGGUUGAAUCAAAGGCCUCCUCUCGAUGUGAAUGUUGCUUAUGUGGAAGGUCGUGAAGAUGGUGAAAGAGGAGGCCCUCAUCAGCCUACAACACAGGAAUUCUUCACAUUACCUUCUGGAAAGCGAAAAAGGGAAGACUUUCCUCCAGGACCUCCACAAUACCAUAGUGGUGGAUACAUUCCACAACAAGAUGGAGCUGCAGAUGUUUUAUCCGAUGACUUGAAGGUAGUUCAAGGUAACAACAAUCGGUAUGAGACAGUGAAUUCUACCCAACAGCUCUUUGUUCAAGGGGGAAUAUUGUCUUCUGGGAUUCCUCAGUUUGAUGGUCCCAUUCCUGAUCCAUAUGACGAUGUUCUUUCUACACCCAAUAUAUACAAUUAUCAAGAAGUUGCCAACGAAGACUACAAUAUAGUGAACACGCCUGCACCAAAUGAGAUACAAGCAGCCACUCCUGCUCCCCUUCCCCAGAGUGACACUGGAGAUGAUGACGACGACGAACCUCUGAACGAGGAUGAUGACGACGAAUUAGAUGAUGUGGACCAAGGGGAGGAUCUGAACACUACACACUUGGUUUUAGCUCAGUUUGACAAGGUGACACGUACGAAAAGCAGGUGGAAAUGCACUUUGAAGGACGGCAUCAUGCACAUAAACAAUAAAGACAUUCUGUUCAAUAAGGCUACAGGAGAGUUCGAGUUCUGAUUUUGUUGGAGAUGACUCAGAUGAUGGGUGUUCAUUUCAGAGGAAAACCAAAGAUAUCAUUACCUUUUAUAUUUUGUCUUUGGUCUAUCUAUUAGCCGAAUACUGCAAGAUAAUAUGCUUUUGAGAGGUUACUGGUUGGUCACAUGUAAAUAGAAAGCUUUAUUUUCGCUAAACGUUUUCUGCAUUUUAUGAUUCUUGACAUGAUGCAACAUUAUACAAUAUAUACAUUUUGUUUGUUCACACAAAAUUUGAUCUAUUAUCUCGUA